GUGAGACAUCAACAAAUGACGUGACAAAAUGUAGGUCAAAUAAAUAGGAAUACCUGUGUAAUUGUUACCAAGAUGGCGGACUAGUUUCAAUUAUUGUUCCCCAAGAUAUUGUUUCAUUUGCCUUAUGAGAAAUGAUUGCAGCCUCACUGUUAAGCAGAUAAUAAGCAACAAGGUGUGACUUUUUGGUAACACCUGUCAAUCGAGAUGGCUUCAGCAGCAAUAAAGGUUGUGCUAGUCGUGAUGUCAGUGGCAACAGUGGUCAUUUCUCAGGACAACACAAAGUACAUGGACUCUCCUGUUUACUGUGGUCAAGAGUUCAGAAUUGGCGAAAACCAAGUAGUCUACGUGCGACCAAGAAGCAGCGUCAGUUCAAGUAAUCCACCUGCCUCCUGCAGUAUAACAUUCACAUCAGCGCAGUCCAACACCAACUAUAAGUUUGAGCUGACCGUUGAAGCUGUUCAGAUCACUGAUUGUGCCCUGAAUUUGAAUAUCUAUGAUGGCAAUGGUGUUGGUGGGGCAUAUCUGUCAAGGCUUGGCUGUAGCAGUACAACAUCUACAGGAAAACUAUACCCAAAGUCAAAUGCAGUGACCUUCCAUCUGACGCGAACCCGCUACCAGUACAGCAUUGCCGGAGAUUUCUCCAUAAUUGUCAAACUUUACUAUGACAAGGAUGGAGCUGACAACUAUAUUGGGACUGAUUCCUUCCCAGCAGGAGCUAUAAUAGGCGUUAUAUUAGCAAUCAUACUCCUGAUAACAGCUGGUGUAUUAUUGGGCUGGUGUUAUAAAACCGGGAGACUUCCUGGAAUGGACCCUUACAGCUAUCCUGCCACCAAAACCAGCACCCAGAACCUAUCAACGAUAAACACAGACACCAAAGAUGGAGAAUCAAACAAUGGCGGCUUUGUUGCGUGGCAUAACACAGAAGGGAAAAAUGUGGCUAAAGAGAGCAAGAGUAAUUUUGAUCUUGAUGACUCAAGAGUGUGGGAAUCGUUAACGAAUGUAAGUGGAUCGAAAGUUAGCUCGAGCAGUGAAGUGAUAAGUGUGAAGCCGCCGAAACCCCCGCCGAAUUGGAAUUCUGGCAGGAACAAUAAUACGCGCAAUAAUGAUAAUAAUAACAGGAACGGUAAUAGUCGAGGGAAUGAAGGAAAUUUUCAGAGGAGUGAUGCAAAUCAGUUAUCGAAUUCCCCGAAUUCGAGAAUAAGGGGCAGAAAUAGGGGGAGGGGUGGAGAUAUUAAUGAUAAUAAUGGACCAUACAAUACCAUUAAUGAUAAUUUUACCAGAGAAGGAAAUGAUCGAGGUAGUGGGAACAGUGGAAGUGGAUUGCUAAAGAAAGGUCGGCAAGAUGGUGUAUUUGUGAAUCCCGACAAAGAGGGAUAUAUGUACGAUUAUGAUCACGUUAAGAAAUUGGAAGGAGAUAAACAGGGAAAUAGUGACCCUAAGAAUAAGACACAAGAUUUCGGGAGUGAAUUGAAAGAAGCUGUAAGACGAGCAAGUCUCAAACGCCAAAAGUCUGAAAAUCAGACUAGUGACAGUGACGCAAAUAAUGCUAAUAAGAAAAAUGAUGAAUCUUCGGAUUUUGCAAGUUCUACAGCAUUAAAUAAAACUGAUGGUGAAACCACAGGACCUGAUGCACAUUCAUCACCAAAAGUUAAAAAGAAGAAGCGAAAGAGUUCCAAAGAGCGUAAAUCUCCAAAAUCAGGCCGGAAACAUAAAAGAGGCGAUGGUUCAGCAGAGGGAUCACCAAAAAAAGAGACAUCAGUAGAUGAUGAUGGAGAAGCACCACCUGAAGUUUAUGCUCCAAUAUUUUCAGGGGAUGAAGAUAACGAUGUUAGUAGAGAUUAUUCUCACAUGUAUCAGCCCGGUUACCAAGGCAACCGACCCCCAGUCCCGCCCUACAACAAUCAAGGGUACCCGGUGGGGCCCUACCAGCCCAGCAUGCCGGGUAUGUACCCACCAGGCUACCCGCAAGGGGUACCGUACCAGCAAGCCGGGCAAGCUCAGUGGUAUAUGGAAGCCCAACCCAAUGGGCAGCAAAAAAUGGCUUUUGCUAUGCAAACUCAUAGUCAAAGUGAUGACAGCUUAGGCGGACAUCACGGUCCUCCGAAUUAUACUUCGACGCCUUAUCAUAGACCCCAAGAUGCUUCGGCAUUAGUGCCUGCAGGAACAAUCCUAGAUGACCCACAUAUUCCCCAACCUGGUACAUCACUCAUGCGAUAUGACGAGGAUCCUUUGUCGGGUGCCAAAACUUCCCAGGUUGUUUGGACAGAGUCGAAAAGGGACCCUACCGACCCACCGCCCGAUUCAGCAACCCAAGUUACUAGAAAAACCAUCACAAGAAUCACAGCAAAAAGUACAAAAGAGGAUCUUCCAGACAAUCCAGGACCAAGUCUACAGGACAUGUCAUGGCGGGCGGCCCAGCAGAUUCAGGCUACGGGUGGCCAGGAGCCACAGUUUAUGUCUCCAACUCGGGGGGUGUACCAGCCAAACGCUAUACAGUAUGCAAAUGAAACGCCCGACCGAUCCAAUGCCUCAUACUAUGUGGGACCCCGAGAGCCGGUCCGUCACAAGAAAACCCCGCCACCUGUCAUACAUGAAGAUCCAACUAGGUCACAGGCCGAAAAAGCGUUUAAAGAUACCAUCACGCUGAAUAAGGAAUCUGAAGUCAUAUAGAUGUUGUCUCUACAAUUGUAUAAGCUUUAUUUAUUGAUCAUUAUGUGAAGGUUUAUAUUGAUCUUAGGGAUAUACAGUCUGCUCAAAAUGCACAAGCCUGAAAGCCUGACACUUACAGAAAAUUUUGGGCCUUUAUAAAUCCAAUCCAAUGCUAAAUGUCUGAGGUUUUCCCUCUUGUUGGUUGUUGGUGUUUUUCAUUACAAAUACGUAUAGGCUUGCAGAAAUUUCUUGAACCUUGAUGUUUCUAUAUUCCAUUGGCCCAAAUGGCCUGUGUUUGAACUAUUAUUUUACACAGACCAUUCAAACGCUAUUAUGCUACUGUACCACAACAUAGAGGUUGAGAUAUAUACCUUCUACUUUAUCAAAAAUGUACAUACCACAUGAUUUUAUGUCAUACACAAACAGAAUGUUGAUGGAUAUUGCUGACAUUUUUCAGUCGGACAUGAUUGCUUUUUACUCGUCAUUAUUUCCCAAAAUGCUACAAGACGAAGCACAUGAUGAUGGCAUAAGAAUAAGGGAUAUGUACGCAAAAGGCUAUAAAGAACUAUUCAGUACCUCAGGCAAGAAGAAGGGAAAGGAAGACAGUAACAUCUUUGUCACAUUUUCAUGCAUUGAAUAGUGGAUAGUUUUUAGUAAAAAAUGUGCCUAUAUAUACAACUUAUUUGUAAACAGUCAUUUUACAUUUUCUUACAUCUGUCAUAUAACACAGCUUUGAGUGAAAAUCAAUAUUGUCCAAAAAACUGAAAAUUGUCAAAAAAUGCAUCAAAUUUCUGUAAACAUGAAUUAUGAUGUCUUGACUGUACAGUAACCACUCGAUGUUUAUAUUAUAAAGUAAUAUUAUACUCUGUUAUUCCAUUUCACUGAUCUCUUAAGCCUUACUGUUGGUAUGUUAUAAAUACACCACAUUCACUUAUAUAUUAUCCCAUCCACAUUAUUGUACUUGUGGUUAGGAUUUCAAGAAAUAUAUCAAUUUAAAAAUUUAAAUAGAUAUUUUAGGCACUUUUUCGGUACAAUGGGUCGAUUGUUCAGAACUUAAUUAAAAGGAUUUGCUGCGGGUUUAUCAGGUCAGAUAUCGUAAACAUUAAUUGUGUAUUAUGGAAUGUAAAAAAAUGCUUGUUACAAUGAUACAACAUUAAUGAUCACAAGUUCAAAUUACAAUUCCCUAUUUAACAGACAUUGAAAAAUGAGACAUAAAAUGCUCCCUUUUAUGCUGAUAAGCCUUAGUUUCGUAUAAAUGCUAUUAAAAAUUAAUUUAUUCUGCGUUAAACUUUCUGUUUAAAUGAUUAAUUGCAAGUAGUUCAGUGUUUGUAAAUAACAAAAAAUAAUUAAGAACUGAAGCCAUUGUUUCAGCUGUACUUGUUUUAUUUAGAUUUAUGAACAUCAUAAAUUAAAAUAUUUCACUACUAAAAUUAGCAACAGUGACAUAACCAGAUUAUAACUUAAACAAAUUUCUAAACAAUUGGCCCAAAGUGCAAACAAUAUUAUAUAAGUGUAUGUGACAUUUGUAUAUAUGACUGCUCUUUUAUGUGUAUAUUGGUGUAUAUUGGUGCAUAAUAUCAUUCUAAUAUAUUUUUGUACAUACCGGUAAUUAUAGAUAUAGAAGAAUUACAAAAGAUUACUUCAGUGCUUGUUUACUUUGUCGUUUAUUAUCUGAUUUUAGUUGUACAUGAAUAUUUCUGAUUAUUACCUGAUUCAUUAUAAUAUAUAAAUACAAAUCUGUUAUUUUUUUGGCUGUUUUACAUGAAUGCUAUUGUCUAGGAUUGAACUGUUCCUCGGUCAACAGUAUGAACUGAUUCCCUCUCGCACUAUGACAUCGUUGGAAUAAUUUUCAAAUUUUAUUUUAAGAAGGCAUGUCAUUAAUGUUCGGUCAUUUCUGUAUUCAAUUUGUGAUAAAAUUUUGAUAAGGUAAUGAAACAGUUAUUUCAUGGUUAUUAUGGUACCAGUCAACACAGUUGGCUCUUUGUGUCGGGGAUGACAUUCUGACCUAUCAGCCUUGGGCAACAGAUUCAGAUGUCAUCCCCUCCACAUCGGGACAACAGAUUUGACUGUUGUUGACAAAGUUUCAUUUGAAUGAUCUUGUUAUUGACAAAGUUAAGUACAUUGUUGAAUGUAAGGAUCAGGUACUAUUUUAACUUAAGAUGCUUCUGCAAUAUGGCGUUUGCAUUUAAUUCUUUAUACAUUAUUUUCAUAUCUUGUUAGACAGUUAUUUAAAAAAAGAUUUAUAUCUAAUUUUUAAAUAUUCUUUUUAUCAAUGACAUUCAUAUAAGCUCUUUGUGUUGUUUUUUUUCCAAAGAAAAAAGUUGAGGUAUUGUCAUAGGCUUGGCUUCGCAGCAACAGCGGAGUCAGCGCCAAAGGCUAACUUUGGCCAUAAUUCUAAAGUAUUGAAGAUUUUCUAAUGUAACUUGAUAGAUAUAUUGCAAGAGACAAUAUAACAAAAUACACUUGUUUGACAAGGCCCAUAACUCCUGCUUUAAUCUUUGUUGAGUUAUGGCCCUUUUUAAACUAAAUUAAAACAAAAACAAUUUUAUCAUAAUUAUUUACAUUCCAAGUUGUGCAAUAAUGUGUUUCGUAAUGUUUUAUGAAUGUUUAAAUCAUUGUGUACUUUACUGCAAGCUAAUUCAUGGUUUAACUCUUUGUUUUAAUAAUACAGUUACAAGUCUUGUUUUUUUCUUCUAUACGUUAUUGUCCAUAUCUUAACAAUAACAAGUUGGCAGUGCUAAACCGUUCAAAAUCUAGUGUAUGGAUAAAUUAGAACACUAUUCACUUAUACUGCACUCAGUUAUUUAACGUUGUCAUUGACAAUACAAAGCAAUUACAAUACCCACGUCCCGAGUUAUUGAAAUGAACUUUUAUGUUUUGAGGCAAUGAAAAUGAAGCAUAUUGAAUUGUUAAUAUCAUAGCAUACAGAGGAUAACAUUAUAUUCUGAAGUUAUCUUUGCUUUCAAUAAUUUUAAAGAAUCUACACAACUUUAAAAACAUAUGGUAUUACAUUCCAUAACACAUUUAAAUGGCAAUAUAUUUGGUGUUCUGUGAUUCUAGUUAUCAAUGAAAAGUUCUUUCAUUACUGAAAAAACUAAUCUCUAAAAAAUGAUGAAUAGUUUUAAUAACUCAAGUUUCAGCGCUUGUUUAUUCUUUUUCAAUGACUCAGGUUGUGAGGGCAGUAACCAUUAUUUGUUUUAUUGAGUGAUUUCACUUAGAUCAGAAAGCACACCAUUUGAUGCAAAAUAAGUUUCAUACUAUUUGUAAUGAAUAUAUAUGAUAUUAUGAUAUUAUAAUAUUAUCAAAACCAUUAUCAGCAUAUGCUAGAGAAAUGCAUCAUACUCAUCAUCUGUGUCAUCAUUAUUGUUGUCAUCAUCGCUGUCAUUGUCAUCAUCAGCAGCAGCAUGAGUGAAAUUAUCUGUAACUUGUAUUCUUCCUUUUACUUACUGUUUUAUCAUGAUUUUUAUAGUUGAUAGCAGCAUGUAAUUAUUUUUUAUUAAUUAGUAUGUGCUGACAACACCAACAUAUACUUGAAACCUUGUGAAUACAAGAUAUGUGCAUGAAAUAUUUUUAACUGUAAAUAAUAUUUUUAACUGUAAAUAUUAAAUCUUUACACAUUUAUGUAUCUAUACAAAUAGCAAUUUUUGUUAGAGAUUUUUUCAAUAAAAUGUGCAACCAUU